UUAAAGUCACGAAUCAAGCAUUGAUGAAAUUCGAAAUUGGUGGGUGUAAGGAUGAGAUUUUAUGCGACGUAGUGCCUAUGCAAGCUGCGCAUAUACUUCUUGGCAUGCCAUGACAGUUUGAUUGACAAGCACAACAUGAAGGAGUUACUAACAAAUACAAGCUACUACAUGCAGGGAAAAAAUUCGUGUUGAAGCCUCUGUCUCCAAGAGAAGUCUAUCUAGAUCAACUCCAAAUUCAGCACCAUCGAGAGCAGGAGGAGGAGAGCAGUUCUGCGAUCAAGAAAGGAGAAGAAUGAUCCAAUGUUGUGGGAUCCCAGGCUGCUAUGUUAGCACGAAGUGGAGACAUGAAGCAGGCAGCUUAUGGGCGAGAAUCACUAAUCAUGAUCAUCAACAAAGGCGUGGUACUCAAUCAAGAGCUAGUCCAAGAAGUCCCAUCGAUGGCACGAGCUGUAUUGGAGGAGUUUGGUGAUGUUUUCCCAGAGGAAGCACCCAAGGGACUGCCUCCCAUUCGAGGGAUCGAACAUCGAAUUGAUUUCAUUCCGGGAGCUACAAUUCCAAACAAGGUAGCAUAUCGAACGAAUUCGGAGGAGUCCAAAGAGCUGCAAAGGCAGAUCGAGGAGCUCGUGGAGAAAGGGCAUGUUCGUGAAAGCAUGAGCCCGUGUGCAUUACCAGUGAUUCUUGUGCCAAAGACGGACCACACCUAGAGGAUGUGUGUAGACUACUGAGCCAUUAAUCAAAUCAUAGUUAAGUAUCGUCAUCCCAUCCCUUGACUAGAUGAUAUGCUUGACGAAUUACAUGGCUCUAGUGUGUUUUUGAAGAUUGAUUUGAGAUAAGGUUAUCACCGAAAUUCGUAUGAAGGAGGGAGACAAGUGGAAGACUGCUCUUAAGACUAAGCAAGGUCUAUAUGAAUGGAUGGUGAUGCCCUUGGGUUUAACCAAUGCUCCUAGCACGUUCAUGAGGUUGAUGAGCCACGUUUUGAGGCCUUUCGUUGGCAAGUUCGUGGUUGUCUACUUCGACCACAUUAUGAUCUACUCGAAUUGCAUGGAGGAACUAUACCAUUGCAUUAUAUAAGAAAUAGUAAACAUAAAC